CAUGUAUUGUCCAAUUAAAGUCUUCCUACCAAAUGGCCAAGUGAGCUGAAUGUCAUCGAAGAAAAUGUGAUGAAAAUUAGGAAGACAUUUCUUACGUAAUUGAAAGAUUUUACUAUUUUUAGAUAGACAACAUAAUCCGAAAUGUUUGCCCAGGCCACACUACAACCACCGCUCCUGGCUGGUGUGAUGUCACAAAUGUCCACAUUGAUUGCUGCUGCCAGACAGAACAUCCAUUUGGCCAGACCACAGGCUCACAGGUCUGAGACCACUGCAGCAUAUACAGGAAGGCACAGCAAGAACACAGAAGAAAAAAGGAGCGAGCAGAAUAGAAAAGCAGAUAUCUCUCUCAGUGCAGACCUUCAGCGAUGUAUAGAACAAUUGUUAGAAAAUAGAAAUUUGCAAAAAGUGUGGCCAAUGUUCCUAACCCCCCAACCAGAUGCCAGGAGCUACCAAAACUGGCGGAGCUCCUAUAUAUCCUCGCCAACAUUCUUUGAAAACAAAUCAGGUUUUGCCGAAGAGCUUCUUUACAAGACUAGUCAUUUAAAUCCUGCUCUUUUGAAAAGUAUUUCAUCCCUAACACAGAAUCAGGCUGCAGUGCUGUUCACACAGAAAAGGUUCAUUGGUUUGUAUAUGAAUGAAUCAAGGAACCCAGUGAAGGGGACCAAGAAGAGACCACUCGGAUUUGGAUUUAAAAGCAAGCCCGUAGAUGACAUAGAUCACCUCAAAAUGCCGAAGGUUUUGACAGAAGAUGACAGGUCAGUGCAGAAGAAAGUAAAACUGGCGUACACACUUGGUUUCGUGAGCGGCGUAAGUCGCCACAAACUGAUGACAAAACGAAAAUGAAAUAUGGCCGAAUACUCCUGGGUGGAC